AUGAGUUUUACUGAAAAUGAAGACGAAGUUACAACAUUUUGUGAUUCAGCGGCUUCCUUGGUGGAAGGAUGUCGUCUGCCAGUUCGAAUGCAAGGCGGCGACGACUGGCCUUUAGCGGAAAUUAUAAGUAUCAAAGAUAUUAGUGGAAUGAGAGGAUACUAUGUUCACUAUGUCGACUUUAAUAAGAGAUUAGAUGAAUGGGUUGAGGAAUCAUGGCUCGAUACAAGAAAAGUUCAGUUCCCACGCAGAGAUGGGGCACCAACUGGUGGGACAACUACUCCAAAGAAGACACAUAUUGGAUCAGGAGGUGGCGUGAUGCCUACUUUUAUUAAUGAUAAUGUCUGUAUUGAACCACCGAAGUCACAAAGCACUCCACACAGAGAAAUUAUCCAAAUACCACCAAAAAUACCUGAAAAAAGUAAUUCCAACCAUGCACUUAAUGGCUCAGCUCAAAAGUUUACACCUGUUGGUAUUGAGCCCCGUCAGCUCAUAUCGAGGCCAGCUAGCCCGACCCUCGGUCAUGAUUCUUCAUCACUAGUCAACGGCGGCGCUGUACUGGCGGCCGCGUUACAGAAGAAAAUUAAUAGGAAACGGAAGGCUGUUUCUGUUGAUAACGAUGUGUCUGUUACGUCAGAAACAACAGAGUCGAUAGAGAACGAAACAGUAAGUGGGACGGCGACGCCGACCACCCGACCUCGUCAGUCGGGGAGUAUGCUCGCCCAUGGGCACGAUGAUGUGGUCACAAGGAUGAAGAAUAUAGAAAUGAUUGAACUGGGCAGACAUAGGAUACGACCUUGGUACUUCGCGCCUUAUCCACAGGAAAUGGUCAACCUGCCGUGUAUCUAUAUAUGUGAAUUUUGUUUGAAAUAUAGAAAAAGUAAAAAGUGCUUAGACCGUCACCUUAUAAAAUGUAAGCUAAAACACCCUCCCGGAAACGAAAUAUACAGAAAAGGAAGUAUUUCCUUCUUCGAAAUCGACGGCAGAAAGAACAAGACGUACGCGCAGAACUUAUGCCUUUUAGCGAAACUUUUUUUGGACCACAAGACUCUGUACUACGACACCGAUCCCUUCCUUUUCUAUGUUAUGACGGAUUUUGACACAAGAGGUUUUCACAUAGUUGGUUAUUUUUCAAAGGAGAAGGAAAGUACGGAGGAUUAUAACGUGGCGUGUAUUUUAACUUUGCCUCCUUACCAAAGGAAGGGUUACGGUACAUUACUUAUAGAAUUUAGUUAUGAAUUGUCGAAGUUCGAAGGCAAGACUGGUUCCCCGGAGAAGCCACUGUCGGAUCUUGGACUUCUCUCAUACAGAAGUUAUUGGGCGCAGACAAUACUCGACAUACUUAUUAGUAUAAAACCAGUGGCAGAUAAUGAGAAACCACUUAUUACUAUCAAUGAAAUAUGUGAAUUAACCAGCAUAAAAAAGGAGGAUGUUAUAAGUACGCUUCAGAAUUUAAACCUCAUCAACUAUUAUAAGGGGCAAUAUAUCAUUUCCGUUAAUAAGGAGACAGUGCAACAACAUCAGAAGGCGAUGGAGAGGAAAUUGUUGCGGAUAGACCCAAAAUGUCUGCAUUGGACGCCCAAAGACUGGUCGAAGCGAGCGAAAUGGGUUAAGGCCAGCAGCGAUAUCCCAUUAAAAAAAAAAUACUUUACCCUCUUCGACAAAAAAGAAGAGUCCCCGACAUGUCCCAACGGAUCCGGAUGA